GCCUUUGAUAGGAACCGGUGUUGUACCGGCUUGUGUGUGAGCGCCUCCCUUAAACUCACUCUUACAACAGAACGCACUAAACACAAGUUUGGACAAUAUUUAUGAUCUACGACUCUAACCGCUUGAACAUAUCAAUAUGUUAUUCCCUUUUUUCUCUCUCUUUAUUUUCAACCAGUCUAAAUGAUCUGUGCUUUUAAGUGUUCUGCGAAGACCGAACAUAGGCGAAUUUUCAACGGCAUGCAGAGGAAUUAAGCAGUCGGGUGAUCGGAGCGUCGAGGCUGUAUCGCUCUGAAAUCCAACCCGUGGAUUGAGGCCUAAAUCCCCACAGCGGAUACAUGAUUGUGGUUUAUCAGUUGACAUGAGGAAAGAAGAUACUGAACCGAGUCAGGACGGUUUUGCUGCCGAUCGUUUGAGACAGGCCCUCCUCCAGUCCUGAAUCCAGCAUGACGGAGGUCCAGGCCACAGUUGAGUUCUCUGUGGAGCUCCACAAGUUCUAUAAUGUGGAUCUCUUCCAAAGAGGGUUUUAUCAGAUCCGAGCCAGUAUGAAAGUGCCCCCACGGAUCCCGCAGAGGGUGGAAGCCAGUCUGCUGCAUCCCACAGGUUCAGAUCUGGCUUUCCCAGCAUCAGUUCAAGAUGAUGUGGUCUGCAGCAAAACCUUUCAGAUCCUUUAUAAAAACGAGGAAAUUGUAGUCAACGAUGUCCUCGUAUUCAAAGUGAUGAUGCUGCUAGAUGCAAAGAGGGUGGAAGAGUCCUUAAAUGAAAUGGACUUUCAGAUGUCGUUGGACCUGUUCUUCACCGAUGGCGACUACUCGCCCGAGGACCAGAGUCCUCUCCAGAGCAUCAGCAGUCGAAUGCUGCAUUUGCACUUUAGCCUUCACAGAGGCAUCCAUCAGCACGUCAACGUCAUGUUUGACUAUUUCCAUCUGUCUGUCAUCUCUGCCACUAUCCACGCAUCACUGGUGGCUCUGCAUCAACCUCUAAUCAGUUUCCCACGGCCAGUCAAAAGCACCUGGCUGAAUCGGAAUGCUCCGGCACAAAGCAAAGACUCUCUCAUCCCAACGCUGGAGUGUGUGGUGUUCAGUAACACCUACGUCAAGCAGCUGUCCUCAGAUGGCAAAACCUUCCUGGUAUCGGAUCAGUGCCUACAGCAUGCCUUCAGCCUUCACCAGAACAUGUGUGCCAACUUGCUGCGUGCAUAUCAGGGUCUGUUCUGCUAUUUAACCUCCCUGACCAAGAAUCUGCCCGCAUCUCAGCGCAUAGAGCUAGCCAAGCCCAGCAUGCAGGUCCUUUAUGAACGAGUUCUCAGAAGACCUUACCCUCGAGGCCAAAGUCACGUCUACAUAGAGGAACUUGAUGUGGAGGCCCGGCUUGAUGAGCUUUGUGAACAAGUCAAGCAGAGGGGAGAGAGCCCAGAUGAGUUGGCUGAACUGGUGAACAUGAAUUUGGCGCAGCUAUGCUCUCUGCUCAUGGCAUUGUGGGGGAAUUUCCUGGAAGUGGUGUCCCUGAAUGAGCGUGUCUCUGAGCUGUUGGCUCAGGAGCACCAUACAUUACGGGUGCAAAGAUUUGCAGAAGCUUUCUUUUGUCUUGAACACCCAAGACAGAGUGCACUAGCCUACCAGGAACUACAUGCUCACAGUCACCAGCAGAUGACCACAGCUAUUAAGAACUCCUCCUACUUCUUGUCCUUGCCACCACUUCCUGUUGAAUGUGCAGAUCUUGAUGGUGAUGUGAACUCCCUACCAAUCAUCUUUGAGGACAGAUAUUUGGAAUCGGUUACCGAAGAUCGCGAUGGUCCAUGGCUUGGUCUCCACAACAACAGGAGUGGCUCUGUGUCCACUAAAGCAGACAGGUCCAACUCAAAGGACUCUAUUGCUAGUGGAUUGGGAGGCCUUGGUCCGUACCCAGAUAAGCAGCAAACUGCCCUCGCCACGGCUUGGCCUGAGCAAAAUGAGCCUCCCCUCAAAUCCAAAGCCAAAUCUAUCAAGCUGAAGAAGAACACCAAGACUGAAAAUUCAAAGAAGCUGAUCAGGCAAAGCUCCAAAGACUCUGUGAUCCUCACAGGCUACAAGAACUUGAAGGUUCCUCAUGGUGAACCAACCACCAAGUCCAAAGAAGUAGACACUCAGUGCACUCCAAAAGGCGAGCUCGAUGACAUAGGCAAAUACAUCUUCCAGAAUGAAACUGCAACCACACGUUGUGCUCCAAAUACAAGUGACAUUCAAGGCAACGUCGGUAUCCAGAACGACAGCUUUUCCAAUCUUUUGAGUUUGCAAAUGCAGGCUAGGCCCCAGGCUGGUACUGGAGCAGAAGCCACACAAAGCGCAGCUGCCAGAAUUGAUUUGACACAUCCACCUGCUGGGCUCAGACAUAUAGAUGUAAAGCCGAGCGACAAGGACCCCUACCAGGGUGAAAAGGUCACCAUUCUCUUACCGCACCACUCGGAUCCAACCGCCAAGAUGGACGUUCCAGAGUUCAAGAGUCGAUUCGGGGACGGUGCCAUGUUCAUCGGAGCUUGUGGAGCUGUGUUGAGGAGUGAUUGUGUUCCUCAAGGCUCCUCCAGGCUCUCAGACUCAGGAAUCGAAAGCGAGCCCAGCUCUGCAACACAGCUAGCCCCAUUCUCUCCGUCUCCUUUUGCUUCUACUAGCCUGGAGCCGCCAACAGAGCCGAUUCUACCAAGUGCCCACCAGAGACCAUCUCCUCUUAGCCCUGCCUCCAGGGGAGCCACAGCAUUGGAGGGUGUGAAUCCAGAGAGCACCAGCGGCAUUAGUGGAGUCCAGUCUUCCCUCACCUCCAUUAAUUCACUCCCCUCGGAUGAUGAGGUGGAGACGGAGGUCACUAGCAGAAAGUCCAGCAUCCUGGUGCAGGAACAGAGCCUCAUAUUUUCAGGAGAAUCUCACAACCUCGUGUUAUCGAGCUCUAGAGUUUUGACUCCACAAAAAGCUUCCAUCAGUCAAGGAGAUGAGGACUCUGCUACCCAGUCCUGCUGUGAAAAUAAUGCUCCUGACAGGCCGUCAGGAGCUAGUGGGACCGAUCUUCCAGGUGGUGCAGCUUCAGGGCCAGAAGCAUGUAGUGAGCCUCAGACGACUGCCCAAUCCAGUACAUCGGUCACCAGCAGCACGGACCUGGUGAAGAAAGGCUUUGUGGAGAACUACUUUGGCUCACGUUCCAGCACUGAUAUAUCUGAGAUCAGCCCACUGGAGACUGCAGCUGUAACGCUGGGGAUCCAGACUUGCACAAAUGCUCCUGACAAAGAGGAUGAAGAGGAGGAGCAGGAUCAUGAGAUGAUUGAGAACGGUUUCUACGAGGAGACCGAUGGGUUGGUUUAUGUUAAUGGACUCCCAGAGGAGGAAGGAAGGUGUGAGGAUGGGGGAGCAGAGGGAAAGACCCUUUUUUAUAAUCAACUGGGAUUGGAACAGCUCCAGGAAACCUACACCCCCUCAGCCAGCCUGCAGACACUGCCUCCUGGACCAGCACCAUCCAGCAAUGACCUCUGCUGGUACAAGAUCGCUCCCACUGCUCAGAUGACAGCGUUUGCCCAAGCAAAAGAGGAUUUGAAGCAACUUAAUUUACCAGGCUUCCUGUACAGUGAGGUGGCAGAUCUGGCGUCCACUGUGCCAUAUUUCAGCAUGGACGAGGAUGAAAACUGUGACGAGGGCAUACAUCUAAUAGUGUGUGUACAUGGUCUGGAUGGUAACAGUGCAGAUCUGCGUCUAGUGAAGACUUAUCUGGAGCUCGGUUUGCCUGGAGCUCGUAUAGAUUUCCUUAUGUCAGAACGCAAUCAGAAUGACACAUUUGCUGAUUUUGAGUCCAUGACUGACAGACUUUUGGACGAAAUUGUGCAGUACAUACAAAUCUACAACCUCACGGUUUCCAAGAUAAGUUUUGUGGGUCAUUCUCUGGGAAAUCUGAUUGUACGCUCAGUGCUGACGAGGCCCAGGUUUAAGUGUUAUCUCAGCAGACUGCACACAUUUCUAUCUCUGUCUGGACCACAUCUCGGCACUCUGUACAACAGCUCAGCCCUCGUCAAUACCGGGUUGUGGUUUAUGCAGAAGUGGAAGAAAUCUGGCUCUCUGCUGCAGCUGACCUGUCGCGACCACUCUGACCCACGCCAGACCUUCCUCUAUAAGCUAAGCAAGAAAGCAGGUCUUCAGUUCUUUAAGAACGUGGUGCUGGUGGGGUCUCUUCAGGACAGAUAUGUCCCCUAUCACUCUGCUCGAAUCGAGAUGUGCAAAACAGCCUUAAAGGACAAACAGACUGGUCCCGUGUAUGCUGAGAUGAUCGAGAACCUUCUACUUCCUGUGCUUCAGAAGAAAGACUGUACUCUGGUGCGUUACGAUGUCAUACAUGCUCUGCCCAACACCGCCAACUCCCUGAUUGGCCGGGCAGCCCACAUCGCCGUCCUGGACUCUGAGAUUUUCCUGGAAAAGUUCUUCCUGGUGGCAGGGCUCAAGUUUUUUCAGUAGCCUUGCUAGACCAGUAGCGAAUACCUCACUGCAAACGGAUGUUUUUCUGGUUCUUUUUUUUUUUUCUCACGGUUUUAAGUAUGCUCUUGGAGGUAAAGCAAAAUAUAUCAGUGUUAUUUUUGUUGUCGAUUUAGUUUCUAUUCAAGUCGGUUGUGAAUGUAGAACUUCUCUUUUGUAUUUUUCUUCUGGCAUUUUUUUUGUAAUAUCAUUUUAAUGGUUUAUUCAUUUUAAAGAAAAUCAAACCUCCCAAGUUUUUUGUUUGUUUGUUUGUUUGUUUGUUUUUUUCCAGUUUUAUUUAUGUACAACAUACAUUUUUACCAUUCUACCUUAUGCUGAACUGGAAAUGUAGCUGCUAAAAAACAAUGAACUAUUUAUUUGGGCUGGAAAUCCAGGUCAUUUUCAUGGUAAAAACAUGUUCACUUGAACGUUUUGGUAUCUAAGGUUGGCUGGCAUCCGAACUGCAUAAAACAUAUUUUCUAUUAAGAAAAUGCCAUUUGACUAUACAUUUUUUACAAAAUUAUCAUUUUUAUUGUUUUUUUUUUUUAUUUUUUAUUUACAAUGUCAAAGGCUUCCUGAACCUAGACGAACGUGAUUGUAGCUGAAACGAAGCAGCCUUGGACCGCGUGUAGGUUUUAUACUAAGUCUCUGGUGCCCAAUGCAUUUUCAUGCACAAUCUUGACCCAGCCUGGUGUUGGGUGGAGAAAACCAACGCUUAGCAUGUUAGUAUAUAUAUAUUUUUAACUAUUACAGGGGAUACAGAUAACUAAUUAACAAUGGGCCAAGUGUGUGGGAUAGAUGGUUAGUCAGUUGAAAACAGCACAUAUACUAGUAAUCAGAUCACAUAGUUGUGGGAAAGUAUGUUCAGUUUCCUAUGAAGGAAUUUGUUGAUGCUUGUGUGUAAAAAUACUUAUAAGACAUUUAAAUUAUCCAGUUUUUGUUUAAAGGGUUUUGUAACAUGGACUCCACAUUUCAUUAAAUGUAUUCGCAAUAAAUGUUUUUUGUUCUUUUUUUUUUUAAAUGGAAGCUUUGUUUUCAUGGAUUACUGUAUUUAUUUUAAAUUAAAGGAAUAGUUCCAAACCUGUGGAAGCCAAGUUCCAUAAUGUUAGGUAAUUACAAUCCCCCUUGUACCUUUAUCUGUCCCGUUUUGUACAUUUUGUAUCUUUCAGUUGUGACUUGAUUUCAAGAGAUGACUUGUGCGCUUACCGUAUAUCAUGUUUUUUUGUGUGUGUGUGUGUGUGUGUGUGUGAAGUCAUACAAAAGCAUUGUGUCUUAAGUUACAUUGAACACUAAUACAAGAUAAUGUAAUACUUAUUAUACAACACACCACUUUUAUGAUACUUUUAUUGGGUUUUUGGUCUUUCUAUAAACUACUUGUAUGUAUAAAAAAAAGUUGCAUGUCAUUGACAUUUUCUUCUCUAGAUGGCACUGUUUACUAGCUCUCGGACAUUUGAUACUGUUCUGAUGAAUUUCGUAAUACUUAGAAGUGUUAUUUUAGUUUCAUUGAGAUACUAUUAUUAUUUUUGUUAAUUUUGAAUUAGUUUUUAUUAUUU